CCUUCCUGCCUUUGUGUGAUUGGACAGCACAUGUCAUAGCUCUUCAAUGAAAGCGACAACCUUGCUGAAACUUGGUCUGUGUAGAGUCGGUAUUGACAGAGCUGGGGAGAGUCAGCGUUCAUCAUGAAAGUGCAGUCUGCCCUGCUCACUGCAAUAAGUGUGUUCACUGCCUAUUAUGUGUACACCCCUUUACCCAGCACUGUAUCUGAGCCAUGGAAACUCAUGCUGUUAGAUGCUACCUUCAGAUGUGCCCAGGAUUUGAGCAACUUGGCCCAUUAUGUUGGUCUCAGCCAUCACCUGAGAGUCCUGAAUUUUGUAUCUAAUUACUUCGACAAACAUGAUCCUAUAUCUUCUGAACAUAUGAAAGUCACCGAUACUGUCUUUGAUGGUGUUGAAGUUAGAAUUUUUGAACCAACAACAGUACCGUCCGGAACCUUGAAACGCAGUAUUAUUUAUAUUCACGGUGGCGGAUGGGCUCUUGGAAGCGCAAGAACAAGAUCUUAUGACAACUUGUGCCGUAAAGUGUCUGAAGAUGUGAAUGCGUUGGUUGUCUCAAUUGAAUACAGAUUAGUGCCAGAUGUUCAUUUCCCUACACCACUGGAUGAUGUAUUCACCGCUACAAAGUACUUCUUGAGUCCGGAGAUUCUUGAAAAAUAUUCCAUAGAUCCAGACAGAAUUGCCAUUUCUGGAGACAGCGCAGGAGGAAACCUGGCAGCUGCUGUUUGCCAGCAGAUUGCUGGAGAUCCUAAUCUAACUAUCAAACCGAAACUGCAAGCUUUGAUCUACCCAGUACUUCAAAUGUUGGAUUUCAAUACUCCUUCUUAUCAGCAAAACAGGGACAUGCCAAUUGUCUCCAGAUUUGUUAUGAUAAAGUUUUGGUUGGAUUACCUAAACGUGAGCCACACAUUUGCCCAUUCGUUGGAGGUUAACAAUCAUACGUCUCUUGAUGUAAGUGAAACGGUGUCUUUGAGGGAACUUUUAAACUGGUAUUCACUGUUACCUUUGUCUUUCAAGAAAGACUACAAGCCAGUGUUACAAAGCACAGGGAACCCCAAUAUAAUCCAGGAAAUACCUGCAUUACUUGAUAGACGGGCCUCUCCAUUAAUUGCACUCCAGGAGACGCUUCAGCUGCUUCCAAAGACUUAUAUAUUAACUUGUGAACAUGAUGUUUUAAGGGAUGAUGGAACCAUAUACGCCAGACGUCUGCAAGAGGCAGGGAUUGAUGUUACUCAUGACCAUUAUAAUGAUGGCUUCCAUGGCUGCAUGAUAUUUGCCAAUUGGCCAACAUACUUUUCAGUUGGUGUUCGAACCAGAGACAGUUAUAUCAAGUGGCUUAAACAGAAUCUAUAGUGGGUAAAAAAGACUGAACCAUUUUUCAGUUUGCAUAUAUUCACAAAGUGUGCUACAUUGCAUAAAAACACCCGCUUAGUAUCAAGGCGCAUCACUGCAUGCUUACCACCUCACAGUAAGUUUGUAUGUGCAUGCUGGGGUGGGAUAUUUAUUUUUUACUCGAAAUGUAAGGUAUCUUUAUCUUUUCUUUCUUGCAAUCACAUUGAUUAGGAGAUUGGAUACCCAAGCGAAUUGAAUAAUUAAUUACACCACACUGGGUAGCCAUCAAAUCUCUUAACGAAACACUCCACUAUGCUGUAGUAACUGGAAUAUAGGUGUAGCAUAGAAAGGCAAUUUAUUAUUUAAGUUUCCUUUUUUUUUUUUUUUAUUGGAUGAAAAAGUAUGUAAUUACUCAUGUUGUAACAGGCAGAUUCUUGAAUGAAGACUUCUACAUUUUCAUUCAGUCAGUAUCAGGGUGCUGUCAUGCAAAGAUGAGGAUCCCAGAAGGUCAAGCUUUUUAUUUUAUCAAAGUAUUUUUUAUUUUAUUUAUGUAAUGUUGCAUCUAACGUAGUAGAACACUGUUGACAGCAGUGUGUACACGCAUCAUUAUGGUUGACAAGCAGCUGUCCAUUGCUCAUAUACCACGCACGCAAUGCAUUAUGGGAAAGGCUAGUAUGCAUGAUGUUGUGGGUCUAUGGACACUGAUCAUCAGAACCUCUAUAAAGUGCUGCAAAGUAAGUUCUUAUGAUAUAUUUACUAACACAACCUGCAGGUGAAUUAUGUACGUGUGUAUAUAUAUAUUAUAAUAUGUAAUGUGAAUCUUGCAAGAUCAAGUUAGAUUUAAAUGCCUGUAUUGUUGUUAAACUAGACAAUCUAUUUGCACUAACCUAUCAUGACCUUUAUUGUUUUAGACGUAGAAGGAAAUAGAGCGUGAGAUUUAUUGGAUGCAGUUCAGUAAUGUCUUAGUCACAUUAAUAAAUUAAUAUUUUAAUGUUUCAAUGUAGCUGGUGGAAGGAACACUACCGCUUGCAUUACUUUUUACAUGCAUCCAACAGAGGGCACCAGUGUCCUCAAGCUACAUUGUGUUUGGUUAUUAGCACUGGGUUCAAAGAAAAAGGAAACAACCUAAUUCUCUCUCAAUCUCCAUAUCUGUCUUUCUAUGCAAGUCAUAAUAAUGAUAAUAUGUUAAUGUGCUUUGUGGUGUGACAUGAAACAGAGCUUGCAUAAAAUAUAAAGCACAACCAAAGGGUCUUUUAUAGUGAUGGUUAAAUUAAAGGGACACUCCACAAACACCUACCGGUAAGUCCCCAUCUGAUAGCACAUAAUGCUGUAAAUUGUCCUCAUUUUCUUAGUGUAGCAAAAAAAAAAAAAGAAUAUAUUUUCUUUGUGAGAGUGUGCCAUACACAUUAGCUGCUUCUCAUUUAUGGACGAAUGGUUUAUAUAAAGUUAGUAAGUGUGCAAGUAUUUUUGUAUUGCCACUCCGGGUUUAUUUUAGGAAUUGCUGCUUCUAUUGUGUUCCUCAUUUCAUGAAUGAGAAGCCCAUUCAUCUGAUCAUCAGCCAUUGUACAAUCUGUUGAGGUUAUUUACACACAUUUCACCAGGUGUUUAUGAGAUACUACAGUGCUCUCAUUAAAUGAGUGGAAGGGCCAUUAUUUGAGAGGUCUCAGACAGUUUGUAGUAUUUGAAGGUAUCACUGCUGACUUUAGGUAUUUGCUGCAAACUAAGGACAUUCAGAGGUUAGUACAUUUUGGUUUGAUAUCUAAAUUUCCCUGAAUAUAGAGAAGAAUGUCCAAUUCUGUUCCUUUAAGGAGAAAAUAUAGUGCCACCUCCCCUGCCUUCUGUCACUUAACUGAGUCUAGCGCCGAUGUCCCUGAGUGCUGGCUUGAGGCUGCCUCCGCAUCUCCCUUGCCACAGGAAAGCAUUAUUCAAUGCACAAUAUGCAUAGCGUGAGGAUGACCGGUGUCAGUUAGGCAACCAAAAGUUAGACGAAAAUGUGGAAGUCCCUCUAGUGGCUGUCGGGUAGACAGCCACUAACCCAUAAAGGUAAUUAUUGCUGUUUAUAAAAAAACUGCAAUAAUUACUUUUCCAGGGUUAAGGGUGCUGGGAUACUGCACCCAGGCCAUUUCAAUGAACUGAAGUAGUCUGGUUGCCUAUAGUGUCCCUUUAACAAUAGAAGGAUUCUUGUCCACCCUCAACACGACAGUACUUUACUGCAUCAUACAAUGAUCAAUACAUCACAAUCAUAAUACAAUGUGUGUGUAAGUAGUCAGUGACGUACAUUUACAAAAUUAAAGAACAUGUGAAGUAGACUACAUACAAACUUAUUGUCUACUAAAUCACCGUUCCACUUGACUGGUACCCUACACAUUCACCAUACUUUCUUUGCCUCCACAUGUCCAUGUGCACUAUGUCAAUAAGAGCCCCUUCAUCCAUGAAUGAUGUUCAUCUUGCUUCACAUAGCAAUCUGUAAUCUCUUUGUUUAUGUGUUGGGAUUUGUGCAUAUGUUGCACACAGUAAUUGCUGACAAAUGUCUGCAAUAUCUUGUAGUUAAUAUUUUCUUUUAUGUGUAUUUGAUAGAUGGAAAUCUAUGUAUGUCUGUCUUAAUUAAAUGGUGCAAAGGUUCCACUUGAAGUAGCAAUAAAUUAUUCCGAUGCACCAACCUCUGCAAGUCUUAAAACUUUUACAAAACUAACUUCAGAUCUUUAUACCUCCCAAAAAUUGUGGUAUCAUCAAUAGUUUUAUAGCUCAUCUCACAUUUAUAGUGAACCUGUCGCUCAAUAGGUGUCUAUAUUUUUUGCAAACACCUUCCCCCAGGUGACAUCUCCUAGAUGGUGGUGCCUGAGAGAGAAGGUAAGUGAGGUAUGAAGCUUUUUAUC